AUGGAUGCCUUUUGUUUGGAGCAGCUCCUGGCCGACGGCCGCCAAGAUUCCAAUGCAUCCACAGAUGUUGCUCUGUGGUCGAAGAACCAGAAGUCUGUUGCUGCCGAACCCAAGAAGAUCAAGACCAAGGAUGUUCGCCGAAACUUGCAAUCUGAUCUGGAGGCUGCAGAGGCCAUUGUUUUGCAAGACACAAGCCAGCCGGGCCAGCCGCAGCAGAAGAAGUCGCCGAAAUCCUCGGAGGAAGACAGCCAGCUCGAGAAGAAGCAGACCUCGCCCAAGGAUUCCCAGCAGUCUUUGAUUCAAGAUCCCAAACUCCAACGCAAAUCGAUCACUGAGCAGGAAGCCAUCAAGCCCAAGAAGAAGCACACUUCGCCCCAGGAAGCGAGAAAGCCCGAGCAGAAGCAGACCCCGGCGAAGAGUUCCGAGGAAGACAGCCAGCUCGAGAAGAAGCAGACCCCGCCGAAGAGUUCCGAGGAAGACAGCAAGCCCGAGAAGAAGCAGACCCCGCCGAAGAGUUCCCAGGAAGACACGAAGCCCGAGAAGAAGCAGACCCCGCCGAAUGAAGCCGGCAAGAACAAGAAGAAGCAGACUUCGCCGAAGGAAGGCAGCAAAUCCGAGAAGAAGCAGACCCCGGCGAAGUCUUCCCACGAGGUCGCAGAGCCGCCGAAGAAGAUCGCCAAGCAGGAGGAUGCUGCCGAGAACGCCGAUGAUUCCUGGAGCUCCUGGUCCUGGAAUGCAAGUGCCGGACAGGACAACCAGUGGUGGUACGGCAACAACAGCAGCUGGUGGAGCGGGGGCUGGGAAAAGUCGUGGGAACGGCAGCCUGGGGCUUCAGGGGACAAUGCAGGUGGCCAGGAGCAGCAGGAGGAGCCAUCGGCAGAAGCGGAUUCAAAGCAGGAUGAGGCCAAGCAGGCAAAGAAGAGACAAGCCUACUUGCAGGCACAUGCGAAGUGGGCCCGGUUCAUGAGGAGCCUCGACAGCCCACGGUCGCCGAACCAGAUCGUUUCGGUGGGCGAGAAUGCCAAGUCGGCUGGGGAGGGACUCACCUGUCUGCACUAUCUCUUCGAGUCCUGGUGCAAUGCCGAGGGCGAUUGGCGAAAGUCCUGUGUCUACGUAAACGUGUGCUCGAAGAACACCAAAACUCGGAAGGGAGUCAAAAAGUGGCUUACUUUCCAAGAGUUGGUCAGCAAGCUUGGAGAGACAGUGGCCGAAGCCAUAGUGGAGCACAAGCGGUCCGUGAAAGACUCUGCCGAAGUCAGGGAUCAUCCCGAUUGUCCGGGGGAGGCCCAGCAAUUCUGGGUCCUUGACUCCGAGGCGGAGGAGGAUAUCCAAGAGGCGAAGGGCAAAGCAGCCGCGACGCGGAAGCCGAAGGCCUUGGAGGGCCCGCCGGAUGUCAUGAAAGAUGCCGAGAAGGCUGUUCAAACGGCGAACAAUCGCAUCCAGUAUGUGGGAAAGCUCACUAUGAAGUCGCCGGAGCUGGCCGACAUGUCCGAUGUGCUCCGCAAAGCCUACCUGGACGACUUGCAGAUCAAAAGCAAGGAGGUGUGCAAGAUGCGAAACCGCCUGCAGAGCUUCAUCGACGCUGGCAAGGUGAAGGAGAUCCCCGACCAACAGGCUGUGGUGCUCGGCUUGAUUGACGCCAUCGACCGCUUCCUGCUGAUGGGCGACAAAGCCCUCGCAUUCGUGCUCAGCUGUCCGUUGUGGCGGCCACGCAGUGCGAGGAAUUCGCGCUUUUUGCUUUCCAUCUUGUCGUUGGAUGACAGUUACCUCGGCUGGGCAACCCUGAAACCUGUCAUUGGUCAUAUCGUUGCUGCUUUAAACAGGGCAGCAGCCACACCAUUGACCCAGGACGGUCGCUGCUUCAUCGUCACCGAGAUCGGUGGGGAUUGGAAGUAUUUUCGUGAGGCUCUAUCCCUGCGGUCCCAUUGGAAUUCUCCUUUGAUUUGCCACCAUUGCCGAAUGGUGCGGCAAAACAUGGCAGACCUGCCUCUGGCUACUGACCUGGACUUCAGGGACACUCGGGCUUUUUUGGCUGAGGUUUCAAAGCACGAUGCUUCGCCUUUGGUGCUGCUGACGGAUUUUCAUCCUUCCAAAAUCACCUGGCUCUGGACUGCCAAUGGGGGCGCAAUGGCAUGCCUUCUGGACAUGGCUUGGUGGGGGCUGCCGGAUGUCGACAUCAGACUUCGGCUUCAAAAGGCCUGGGCCGACUUUUGCGACUGGAAGUCUGCAAACAAGGUUACAUGUUCGCAGCGGCAGUUUACACCUGGCAUGCUCUACAAAGCGAAGCAUGGUGCAUAUAUGAGUUGCAAGGGAUUCAACAGCCGGGUUCUUGCUUCCUGGCUUGCCUCAGAGGCACAGAAGGCCUGGCAGGGUACUGCAAACCCCAGCGAUGAGCUGUGUCUUAUGACACAUGCACUGCCCCUCGGCUCCACCCUCAUUCAAUUUCACUGGGACCUUCACCCUUUCCGUUUUCUUUUUCUGUGGCUAGACAACAAUGUCUCAUGUGUAGUGGUAUUCUCCUUCUCAUUCGAGGACCUCGAUCGCCUCCUAUAUGGACUUGUCCGAGAGAUUCCGGCGGUUUUUGAAACCUGGCUUCAUGGAUUUCUGCACGGGAAGCCCUAA